CCAGCAGCAGUCACCGGCCUCCUCAUAUACACGCGCACCUACGCCUCCUCCUCCACCACCACCAACUCCUCGAACUCGCCAUCGAGCCGCCGGCUCCGGCCAGCUAGCCGCGCAGUCAUGGAGAUCCCGCCGCUCUAACGGCGGUGUUCUUGGUCGUCGUCGGAUCGGAGAAGGAGCUAGCUAGAGUGUAGAGAGAGAGAGAGAGAGAGAGAGAGAGAGAGAGAGAGCGUUUCUUGGAUAUAAAUCGAUCGAGAUGGGAGUGCACCUGCUGAAGAGGCAGCAGUCGUCGGCGUCGGCGGGAGGGUCGUCGUCGGGGGGAGGGGGUGGGGCGAUGCCGCCGAAGGGGUGCAUGGCGGUGCGGGUGGUGGGGCCCGGCGCCGGCGGGGCGGAGGGGGAGAGGUUCGUGGUGCCGGUGGGGUACCUGAAGCACCCGUUGUUCGUGGGGCUGCUCAAGGAGGCCGAGGAGGAGUACGGCUUCGAGCAGAAGGGCGCCAUCACCAUCCCCUGCGGCGUCGACCACUUCCGCCGCGUCCAGGGGAUCAUCCACCACCAGAAGACCGGCCACGCCCACGCCCACGGCGGCCUCCUCUCCCUCUCCGGCAACGGCGGCGGCCAUGGCCAUGGCUCCUCCGGACAUCACAACUUCCACAUCGCCGCCUGCUUCAGGGCCUGAGAAUGAUCAUGCAUCGCCGGCCGUCGACCCGGCGCAUGCGUGGCAAGAAGAAGAAGAAGAUGAUGAUGAUGAUGAUGAUGCGUGGUUCUUCAUGGCUAGCUCUAGUUCGCUCCUCUCUUAGAUCGAUCCAUAUAUUAAUAAUACUUUAGGGUUUUCUUGUUCUUUUGGUUAGGAUUUUAGAUGGCUUUUGAUGAUCAAAGGAUCAUGCAUGGUUGAGUUGAGUAGACUGCAUGUGCAGAUCUGUCAUGCAGCAGCUUGUUCAUCCCUUAAUUAGGAGUUUAGGACUCUCUAAUCCUCUCUCUCUCUCUCUAGCUCCUAGUUGAGUCAAGUUAGAUUGUGAUGAAGAUGAUGAUGAAAAUGGAGAUCAAAUGAUCUGUUCAAUCCAAAGAUGCCUCCUUUCUUCUUUUUCUCUAUUUGUGGUUUCAGUUCAUUUUUUCAUGGUUGAUUAUAUUGGUUGGUGAAAAUUUCAAAA